AUGAGCAGAGCCAGUAAGAUUACAUUUGGUCUCUCGUGUCUUUUAACGGGCAGCACCGUGGUGGGUGUGCAUCUCGUUCAAAACAUGGAGAGGGAAACGCUACAUCAGGGCCCAAUCAAAGAUGCUAAGAGAGUGGCAGAGAAAAAUCAACGGAAGCUUGAACUGUCACAGCAGCAAGUGCAACAACCGGAUGCAGCAGGCAGCGAUCCGGAGAAAAACAGACAGAAAAUGCUGAACAAGAGUGAGCAUCAGUUACAGCAAGAAUUGAGGAAAAAAUACGAAUCGAUACAGCCCCUGUCUGGGGAAAUUGUGACCAAGGGUGGAGAGGCCGUCAACAAUAGUAAAUAG